CGCAGCCGGCCGAGAGUUCCACCAGCGGUACCGGAGCCUGCGGUUGCGCCCGAGGCGCUGCCCCCGCUGCCACCCCUCACGAUGGGCCCGGGUCCCCGGCUGCUGCUACCUCUGGUGCUUUGCGUGGGGCUCAGCGCUCUCGUACCUCCUGCGGGAGCGUCAGGCGUCCGCAAGCGAGGCCCCUCGGUGACGGCCAAGGUCUUCUUUGAUGUGAGGAUUGGAGAUAAAGAUGUUGGCAGAAUUGUGAUUGGCCUCUUUGGAAAAGUUGUGCCCAAGACUGUGGAAAAUUUUAUCGCUCUGGCAACAGGAGAGAAAGGAUAUGGAUAUAGAGGAAGCAAAUUUCAUCGCGUCAUCAAAGAUUUCAUGAUUCAAGGAGGAGACUUCACCAGUGGAGAUGGCACUGGCGGUAUAAGCAUUUAUGGUGAGACAUUUCCAGAUGAGAACUUCAAACUGAAGCAUUAUGGCAUUGGGUGGGUCAGCAUGGCCAAUGCUGGGCCUGACACCAAUGGCUCUCAGUUCUUUAUCACCUUGACCAAGCCCACCUGGUUGAAUGGCAAACAUGUGGUAUUUGGAAAAGUCAUUGAUGGAAUGACAGUGGUCCACUCUAUAGAACUGCAGGCAACUGAUGGGCAUGACCGUCCACUCACCAACUGCUCCAUCAUCAACAGUGGCAAGAUAGAUGUGAAAACGCCCUUUGUGGUAGAGGUCGCUGACUGGUGAUACAAUUGGCAGAAAACAAAGAAGAACACACUCUGCCAGGGGUGUGUGUGUGUGUGUGUGUCUGUGUGUUGAUUCUUAAAAGUUACUGUUUUGCUUUGUUUUUUAACUUUAUUCUGUUUUCUACCCCAGAUCACAGGAAGGUUAUAGAAAGCAACCACUCAAAGUUUAGUUAGCAUGAAUUUUGGUAAAUCACUUGUUGAGGGACUUUGCACUUAAAAGACAUAUCCCUUUCCUCCAAUGGUGCUGUUUUUAAAUUAGAAAACUUUGUAUUGGCUAUUUUCUUUUGAAGAACACAGUCAUUUCUUUGCUGGAUUCAUUGUGACCCCCAGAUUCAGUGAUGCUGAAGAUUUGUCUGAAAAAAGAUGGGAACAAGAAGUUUAUUACUUUGUAUUCAAACAGAAAUUCUUUUCAGGUAAAGGGAGAUUUGAUUAGUAUUAUCUGAUAUAUGUCACAGGGACUUCUACCUAAUGAAAGGUGCUUUGGUAUUCUCUAUAUUAAAUACUUUUUAUGUAGAUCAA